AUGAAGGCGACCACGGGGGCCUUCGCCCUUACUUUCAUCACAUCGGUUGCAGCGCAUGGAUUUGUGAGGAGCGUGAAUGUUGAUGGAGCCAUAUAUCCCGGUUUCAACCCGCAUAUGGACGGUGAAUUGGGCGCAAAGCGGAUAGUAUUCGGUUUCGACGCCAGCCGCGCCAACGUCGACGGAACCGCCGCAAUCACCGACCCCAACGCGCCCGGCCUCGCGUGCAACAGCAAGCCCACCCCACCCGGCGACAAGGCCGAAGCGCGGGCCGGCAGCCAAAUCGAGUUCCGCUGGACCGAAUGGCUCCCGAGCCACCGCGGUCCGAUCACCACCUACAUGGCGCCUUACGAGGGCGACAUCGCCGCCGUCGAUGUGAAUAAACUGCAGUUCUUCAAAAUUGAUGAAGAGGCGUUGUAUGCGGACGAGCAGUUCGGGGAAAUAGACGAUGUUCCCUGGGCGGUGAAGCCGAACUGGGCGACCGACAAGAUGAUCCAGGCGAACGGCGUGUGGAACGUCACGAUUCCGUGGGAUAUCAAGCCGGGGAACUACGUGGUCCGCCACGAGCUGCUCGCGCUGCAUUUCGCGACCGAGCACAGUAAUUAUAAGAGUUUCGGCAUCGUGGCACCGCAGUUCUAUCCGUCUUGCUACCACGUCGGGAUCACUGGGAAUGGAACCGCCACGCCGACGGGCGUCACAUUCCCCGGCACAUACCAACCGACCGAUCCGGGGCUGAUCUUUGACAUAUACCAGAACAAGACUGAGUAUCCCAUUCCCGGCCCGGCAGUGUAUCUUCCCAAAGGCCCGGCGCCAGAGCUAGAGGCAAAGGAGCCGAGAAUCAUCAGUCCGACGGGGGAUCCGGCGAAGGAUGCGGAGUACAUGAAAGCGAUGGAGGGCGAGCUCAGCUUCUAUGCAAACAUAACUAAUCGCAUCUACAAGGUCGGAGGAUGA